AUGUACCCCCUUGACAGGCACAUCACCUGGCUCAGUUGUACCCGCACCAACCGCAUGCACUGGGGUACGCACCCAGCUAUUCUACGAAUAGCAUCCCCCUCCCCGGGCUCCUGCCUCGUCCGCCGCUCCCAGCGCUGUCAGGUCUCUACCCAAGCCUGCCAGGCUGCCCAGCUACGCCCAAACCCCGACUACAUUCUCGCCGCCUGGGACCUGAUUGAGCCAACCUCCGCUGCUGCUGCUCCUCGGUCGCCGUUGCUGCUGCUCGCCCCCAUUCUGUGCCUUGUGCUGUCCUUCGUCCGAAGCAGCUCGGUCUUUGUUCCAUAUACUCACGUCUCCCAAGUUUCGGAGGCAUACGUUGCGUCGCAACGUACUAGUUUGACACGGGUCUCGAAGGACCCUGCUGCCCAACACGGCUCCCACUAA